UCAUCAAACCCUUUUUUCUUCUGAAAUCAGUGCAAAUAAUGGAAGAGAAGCCAAAGUUCAAGACUGUCCAAGAGGUGGUUGCAGCCAACGAAGGACUACCAGAAAGAUAUCUCCAACAACUCACCGGAGACCAUGAAGAUCAGCCUCUUAAUGGUCCAGUGCCUGAGAUGGAUAUUCCAUCCAUUGAUCUCAGUCUUCUACUUUCUUUUUCCGAAGAAGGUCAACAAGAGUUGAGUAAACUUCACUCGGCGCUCUCUAAAUGGGGAGUUGUUCAGGUUAUGAAUCAUGGAAUUACAGAAGCGUUUCUCGACAAGAUCUACAAGCUAACGAAGCAGUUCUUUGCGCUUCCGACAGAAGAGAAGCAGAAGUACGCAAGAGAUAUUGGCAAUGUCCAAGGAUAUGGAAGCGACAUGAUUUUUUCAGACGACCAAAUUCUCGAUUGGAUCGACCGUUUGUUUCUCACUACUUACCCUGAAGAUCAGCAACACCUAAAAUUCUGGCCUGAAGUCCCAACCGGAUUCAGGGAAACGUUGCAUGAAUACACAAUGAAGCAACAUGCAGUGAUUGGACAGUUCUUUAAAGGCAUGGCUAGAUCGUUGGACUUGGAAGAUAAUGUCUUUCUAGAGAUGCAUGGAGAAAAUGCUAGGAUGGAUACAAGGUUCAACAUGUAUCCUCCAUGUCCAAGGCCGGACAUGGUUAUUGGGGCGAAACCACAUGGUGAUGGCUCAGCUUUUACUCUUCUCUUACCAGACAAAGAUGUGGAAGGGCUUCAGUUCCUGAAAGAUGGGAAAUGGUAUAAAGCUCCAAUAGUCCCUGACACAAUUCUGAUCAACGUAGGAGAUCUGAUGGAGAUAAUGAGCAAUGGGAUCUACAAGAGCCCAAUUCAUAGAGUGGUGACUAACAGAGAAAAAGAAAGGAUAUCUGUUGCAACAUUUUGCGUACCGAGUCCAGACAAAGAGAUUCAGCCUGUGGAGGGGCUUGUGUCUGAGACAAGGCCAAGAUUGUAUAAAACAGUUAAGAAGUACGUGGAGCUGUACUUCGAUUCUUAUCAACAAGGUCUGAGGCCUAUUGAAGCUGCACUAAUCUGAAAGAAAAUUCAAGUCUCUUCUGUAAUUUCUAUUACUUAAAAAAUAAAAAAUAAAAUAAUACGUUGCUUUAUCUGUUUGACAUGUGAUGCUGGCAUGCUGCAUUGUACUGGAUUGCAUUUCUUUGAGACAAUAAAGAUUUUGGCGCACUAUUUUA